GUAUCGAUUGCCCGAUGCGAAACAGUCGGCCGUGCAAUCGGAAUUUGUUAUGCGAGACGUCAACGUAUGCAGUUUGGCUGGCACAUCCUGACGUAAAUCGAUCCCGCCUAUAUUAUCACCGAUGACGUGCGCGCUCCUACGUAUCUGGAAACGAGGCUGCUCGUUCGACCGGCCCAGAGGAUAAAAACAUUGUCAGGUGGAGCGACGAGGAUGACGGCACGCGUCGAUUUCGAUCGUCGUAGACGAACCAGCCUGCUGAUCUGCUUCGUUCUUGUCCUCGCUGUUCCUGUCGCGGCCUCGGACAAACGUCGGCACGCGUACGAGGAGGAGAAGAACGGGAAAGAGUUGUCGAAGGAUAUCGAAGGACCGAAGCUUUCUUCUCACCACGAGGAUCACGAGUCUGUGGGAAAGAGCAAUCGGGUCCGCAGCGGUGUUCAAUCGUCGAAGACAAACACCGGGAACAGCGCGGCGUUGAACAGGUUCCUGGAGAACGUUCUCAGAGCCCAGGACGACUUCAAGUGGAUAGAUCAGGCCGUGCACGAGGCUAAUCGCGCCAAGUAUUGGCAGAAGUCGCCGUCGGAGCUGUCACGCGUGUCUGGAUCCGCCGCGGCGUCGAAGAAUCAUCACGCUGGUAAAUCGAGGCGGAAGAGAUCCUACGACGACUCGAUGUUUCGAAGGGACAUUGACCUCCUCGACGACUCGCAAAAUGGUGUGCCAGGGUCAGGGCAAUCGUCUUCAAAGAGCAGAACGGGCGAGCCCUUGUACAACACGGUGCCCAAGGAUUGGACCAAGACAGAAGACAUCUGCUCGUUGAGCGACUGGUUGAACUCGAAAGAACCGGCGGAAGAGAAACGGAGGGAUCGAUGGAUCCGCGACUACGAGGUCGAUCCCAAGAAUCAUCUUCUCGGCAAAGGUGUAAAGGACCGGGAAGCGUCGCCGUCGCUGGAGGCGCUCAAAGAGACGCUGUUGCAAUUGAAGAAGAGCCUGAACGAGGCCGACAAGAAGGUUCACGACACCGCCAAGAACGUGGAGGUCGAAGAGGACGUCGAGGAGCAGAGAGUUCGGGGGAAGAAGAAGCACGACAUGCUGUCGGAUGACGAAGACACAGCCGAUUCCGAGUCUUCGGGGCUACCCUCGAACUUGAGUAAACGCGAGCAGAUAGAUCUCGAGGAUAAGAGCAACCGGAAAGCUUGGAGAACGAAGCGGACCGAAGGCAACAACGGCCCCGGCAACCCUAAACUAUAUUACCGGGCGGGGUUUGGGACGCCAUACCUUGAAGACGAGGCCCUGAAGAAGCUGCACGACCGUAAGAGGAGACGCAGCAAAGCGGCGCCGACCGAGAAGCGCCGUUCGGUCGAGGAGAACGCGGAGAUUCCGCAAACGGAGGGCAGUUGCGAGAAGGAUGAGGCAUUCGGCAACGUUCUGUCCAACCCGAAGAGCGACCAGAAGAGGAGAGGUCUGUCUCGGCGCGAUUCGAACGCGAUGGAGGACAGGUCGCCGCGGAUCGAGGAAAAGGGCGAGGAUCUCGUGGGAAAUUCUUUGCGAACCUUUGGGCCAGCCUCGAAUGGAUUGCAGGCUGCGCGGAGCUCGGCCGGACCGAGCUCGGAGGAGGCAGAGGCGGCGAGGAAAACCGAGGAGACUGUCUCGGCCGAGGGAGAACAGGCGAUCAAAGUGUUCGAACCUCAGGGGCGUCUGAGCGAGGACGGCGAGCUCACAAAGGCGGCGCUCGGGUCGGAUGAGAGCGGGGCUGGGAAAUUGUCUCAGAAACGGAGGACGAGGCCGGAAUCGGGAAAUAUUAAUAUUCUCCUGAAGUCGGAGAACAAGGACCUGAUCCAGUUCAGCAACAGCCGCGGUUCCAAGGACGAGGCUCCGUUCGUCUUGAACACGUUGGACGUGCGGAAGAAGCUGGUCCUGGGCAACGAGGCCGGCGAACCCGAGAAAACUCUCUCGACGGUCUACAACGUGAAGAUGAAGUCUUUGGUGGACCCGGCCGACCCGAAGAACAGCGAACACGACGUUGUUCCUCUGGUCGGUGGAGCCGGCAUUUUUGGCAAACAAAACGGCGAUAUGCUUAAAGAUACGUUGGCGUUCAUGGGCGAGGGUAAAGAGGCGACGAACGCGGCGACCGUCAAAGAAUCGCUGAUAAAUCGAGACAAAGACGGCUCUCGAGUGUUCUACGACGAUUCUACCGGCGGCAGGACCGGCGUAAACACCGGCGGGACGUCGCUGGCCAAGGAAAAUGCCGGGGACGAAGUUAAGAGCCGAGAGGAGCAGCCAGAAGAGGAUGCGAAAGGGAAAUUGACCGAGAACAAUGAUGCACCGCCGGUCGGGGCGGCUGCAUCUCCGGCCGAUGCCGGCUCCUCCGCGCCGGACGACGAUCUUAAACAAUACGAGGCAGGCAAAAAGACGAAGUAUCAUGAAAUAGUGAUAGUUCCCGACGGCGUGGCCGAUCUAAAAUUGAAUGAUGCAUUCGGCCGGAGGAUACUGCAGUACAUGGAGUAUUCGAACGACGACGUUGAGAAUGCUGAAUCGAAUUACGACAUGGAAGAGGACACGCGGCAGGCUGGAGAGGCUGAGAACAGCGUGCAGCCGCUGAGGACCCUGCGGUCGCCGGUGAAAGAUAAGGGGAAGGCGAAGGUGAACGUGCUGAUAUCGGACAAGCUGGGGAAGAAGAAGAAGACGAAGCGAGAGAGCGUGAGAAAGCGACGCGAACCGAUUGAGUUCAUCGCGUACUACGACUACGACGACGAUGUCGAGCAACAAGUUCGCGACGCCACUGGCGACCAGGAACCGGUUAAAACAAAUUCCGAGCGGAACGCGAUCGUCUCGAACCUGGGGCUCGAAGCCGCUGCGCCGCCGGUCAAGGACGACCAGCAAGCGAAGGAAAUGGAGAAGCAGUGGAGGCGGAAGGAGAAACUGAAGAACAAGACGCCCGUACAGUAUUAUCUAUCCGACGAAGUGAAGAACGAGACGGCGACCACCCCGAAACCGAACGAGUCCUCCGGCCUGGCCAACGUCGAGACGUUCGACAUAGCUCAGGACGGAUCGCGGCACCAAUCAGGCAGGUCGAACGUGCGCCGCGAAGGGAAAGAAAUGAAGCUCUUGGACGAAGCCAUACUGAAGCCGAUGAAGUACAUCAUGAGCAUGGACGAGGCGGUGGUUCCCGGUUCGAUCGACGACUACCAGUGCACGGAUCCCAAAAACGACAGAAAGGAGAGCGUAGUACCGCUGUACGAAGAGUUGAAGCAUCUGUACGACUGGAGCGAGGACGAGGCGAAGAUCAGACCGAGGAUCAAGGGGGAUCAGAGACUGUACCACGAGCUCGAGGACAAAGAGGAUCCCGCGAUUAACGUUGUUGUGGAGCCGAGAGAGGAGGACAAUUCAGCCUCCGAGCCGAGCCCGAACUUGCUGCCUCUGUUGCUGGCGCACGACGGAUCGGCUGGCGGAGAAACGUCGGAGAAAUCGUACCGGGCCGAGUCGUCGCAACAGCUGGAGAGCCCGGCCGCGAGCAACGUUUCCCGUAGUAAUUAUUUCGCCCUUAAAAGCACGGACGAUAUGUUUAAAGGGGGGCCGGAGCAAGCGAACAGCACCGUGGAAAAGUUACGAGGACCGGGCGGCGGUAUCGGGGCCGACGGCGGGCCGCGUCUACAAAAGGUGAACGGAGGCAGAAACGACGCGCCCGGGGAGAAGGACGCCGCGGGCUGGUCAUUAACAGGCCGCCGGCAAUAUAUUGACACAGAUUCGCGGUCUCCUUACGAAACCCGUAAAUAUCCGGUGCCACCGGCAGCCCAGUUCCGCCGGGAACAAGUCCAAAAUCUAGAUCGGCCGAAACAAACGGUAAUUAGCCCGCGGGACCUCCACGAGUCCUUCGUGGAGCCGUCGGACUGGGUCGACGAUCUCGACGAGGACGCGGCCGUGAGGCUCGGCAGAGGUCUGAAGACUAUCGAGGACACGGGCCCGAGGUCCAACGCGACCAAAAGAUCGAUCUCGUCCUCCACGGAAAUAGCUCGGACCGGGAGCAGCUCGAACGUUCCGAACGCCGUGGGUUCAGAGGUCGGGUUCAGCGCGGAUCCGAGCCUGCGUAGUUCAGGGAAAACGGACAAUGCCAGAAUCAGACGGGAGACGGAUUCCCUCGACGAUGCGAGCGAACGUCGGGACAGCUUCGACGGUGCUGCUGAGCGGAAUCGGUACGGCCGGGAUCAAGAGCAGGACGAUCUCCCGCGGCUUUCGGAUCCCGACACUGACCUCGAGUACAAUUAUCCAGAGAAAGCGGUGGAUCGCAAGCGUCGCGCGAAAGUGGCCAGGAGCCCGAAAGCGAAGAAAGAGACCGAUCGAAAGAAAAAGAAGAAGAAGGCUCGAGGGUUCAAGAAGAAAAAAAAGAAGAAGAAGGGGCGCAAGCAGAAGAAGUCGGGCAACACCAGGAAACGUAGGCACCGCAAGAAACACUCCGAGAACUCGAAGGCGAAGGAACGCAAGAAGAAGCACAAGAAAAGAGGGUCCAAGAACUUGAAGCAUCGCGCCGAAGUUAAGAAAAGUAAGACCGACCACGGCGAAGCGAAAGUGCUCGGGGAUAGUCAACGGCUUCUCCAAGAGAAAAGGCACCGCAAGAAGACGCCUGACGUCGAUAACGCGCAGGAUCAGCAGAGGAAGAUGGUUUCGUUGCUGCUGGCAGCGGACAACGUCCAGGACGAGUCUCAAAUGGAUACCGCUCUUCACGGUGCACGAGAACCAGGACCUGAAGACGUCCCUGGGCCCGGGGCUCUAUCGCAACUACAAGACCGACGUCGCUAUCGCAACCAACAAGAGGUACCGACAGGUUCUCGACGAUACCGAGACCAAACACACGGACGAGUUGAUGAAGAAAGUCAUGCAGCUCCUGAACCGUCUGGUGUUCGACGAGGUUGAGAGGAAGACGUGCGUGUCCCUGCCGCCCGAUCUGCUCGAGUUCCUGGCUUGGAUGCUGGAAGUCAACCCUGGAGAAACUACACAG